AUGCGGCCCCGUCGCCGUCACCUGCGGCCCCGUCGCCGCCACCUGCAGCCUCGUCGCCGUCACCUGUGGCCCCGUCGCCAUCACCUGCGGCCCCGUUGUCGCAGCCGCCACAGGUGGCGGCCCCGCCGCCACCUGCGGCCCCUUCGCCGCCACCUGCGGCCCCGUCGCCGUCAUCUGCGGCCCCGUCGCCCUCCCCUAGCGGCCCUGUCGCCGCUCAGCCGCCCAGCGAUCGAGCCGCCGAGCAACCCAUCAGCCGAGCCGCCCACCUGCCGAGCAGCCGAGCCGCCCAGCAGCCGAGCCGCCCAACAGCCGAGCCGCCAAGCAGCCGAGCCGCCCAGCAGCCAAGCCGCCCAACAGCCGAGCCGCCAAGCCGCCGAGCCACCCGGCUGCCAAGCCGCCCAGCCGCCGAGCCGCCCAGCAGCCGAGCCGCCUAGCAGCCAAGCCGCCCUGCCACCGAGGCGCCGAGCUGCGGAGCCGCCCUACUGUCGAGCCGCUGCUGUUCCUACCGGUGCGCCCCGGCCCUCCUUCCUCGGACUGUGCGAUAGGGCAGACGGACUUUCUCUGUUCCAUCUCACCUCUGGUGUCUCUCCUGCCCCGCCUGCCACUGCUGACAGCACUGUUCGCUCACAGUGGGCCACACGCGAUGCUGCUGCUCGCCUUGCUGUGCGUCGCCACUUACCGACCACUGAGCGUGCACACUUUAGCCAGUACAAGAGUGCUCAGACCUUGUACGACGCUGUAGUUGCACGGUACUCUUCCCCUGCCACUGCUGCACUGAGCCGCUUCAUGCUACUGUACCUCUUCCCUGACCUUGCUGCCUUCCCCACAGUCGCUGACCUCAUUACGCCCCUCCGCACUAGUGACACUCGCUACCGCGCUGCGCUUCCUGCUGAGUUCUGCGCCAAGAACCCCCCCCCCCCAUUUUGCCCCACCACUCUCACCGUUGACCUCCUCGAGAAGAGCCUCCUAGCAGCAGAGAAGAGCAUAGUCGCUGUAGGACCCUCUCGUGGUAACCCUCGCACCCCCGUCUUUGAGGGGUGUUCCCCCUCCCCCCUCUUGCCCUCUCUUGCCUCUGCUGCUGCAGCCGACCUCGUUGGUUUCGAGUCGGUCGGCGCUGCGUCUGCCCCUAGCAGGAGACGCCACACCGGGAAGGGCAAGGGGGGCAAGGGCGCUGGAGGGGCUGGCGGGGGCGGUGGAGGUGGUGGUGGAGGCAGUGGAGGGGGUGGGGGUGGUGGUGGGAGUGGUGGCGGGGGUGGAGGUGUCGGUGGCAGCAGUGGAGGCGGAGGAGGCGGCGGCGGUGGUGGAGGGAGCGGAGGCGACGGAGGUGGUGGAGGCGGCGGAGGCGGCGGAGGUGGCGGAGGCGGCGGCGGCAGCAGUAGACCUGGUCGCAGCUCUGCGCAAAGGAGUGGCUCUGGUGGUGGUACGCGCCAGCAGCAGCAGCGCAGUCGUGAGACUCUGUCCCCUCAGCAGCUUCGUGAGUGGUACGCUGCGCGUCAGCGCGGUGGGGGUACGGGUCCCUGCACCUACGUUCUCCGCACCGGCGACCGCGCUGGUGAGCAGUGCGGGGGCCCGCACUCCACCCAGCGCUCCUUCGGCCGCUUGAUGGACGCGUGGCGUCACCAGUUCCCCGAGGCCUCUGAGAUCCCUCGCUGGGGAGAGCUGUCUAGGGCGAGGGUUGCUAUCUUUGGUCUUGAUUUUGAUGCUAUUCUUGCUGCCAUGUAUGCUGUUGCUGAUAGUGUUGAGGGUGACUGUUACCUAUGUGUUCCGCCUGACCCGGGCAUUGAGGCUGCUGCUCUAGGUGCUAGUGAGGCUGCUGCUCUAGGUGCUAGCGCGUCUGCUGCCCCAGGUGCUGGUGAGUCUGCCCUCUCAGGUACCACGUCGGCUUAG